AUGCCAAACGACUCCUCCCCCCUCCACCACGCCCUCUCCGGCCUCCUCGCCGGCGCAACAAGCACAACCCUCCUCCACCCCCUCGACCUCCUCAAAACCCGCCUCCAAGUCGACCCAACCACAAAACCCAACCACCUCGGUACCUCCAUCAACCUCCUCCGCCGAAUAUGGCGCGAAGAGGGAGGGGUGCGGGGUGUUUAUCGCGGAUGGACGCCGAAUUUGGUGGGGAGUAUGAGUGCUUGGGGGAUUUAUUUUUGGGUGUAUACGGGGUUGAAGGUGGAGGUGGAGAAAUGGAGGGGGGAGGGGGGGUUGGGGAGUGUUGAGUAUCUGCUUGCGGCGGCGGGGGCGGGGGCGUUCACGACGUUGCUCACCAACCCGAUCUGGGUCAUCAAGACGAGGAUGAUCGUACACGCCCUUCCACCAUCAGCGUCCUCUGCACCUCCAGGGUCGACGGCGGUGGUUGGGUAUCGCUCCCUCCCUGACGCCCUCCGCCGGAUCUGGCGCGAAGAAGGGAUAAGAGGCUAUUACCGCGGUCUAGUACCGGCGCUCUUUGGGGUCAGUCAUGGCGCUGUACAAUUCGCCGCGUACGAGAAACUCAAAAACUGGGAAAACGUGCGGAAUAGUGACGGAGCCGGCAAAGGGAAUGGGAAAGGUGGCAAGGGGAGCACGUGGAGUUAUUUAUGGAUGAGCGCGACGAGUAAGAUCGUUGCGAGUGUCGUGACGUAUCCCUACCAGGUCGUCAAGAGUCGGAUUCAGUCGCAGCCCUACCAACCCCAACCCCAACCCCCUCCUGGGGCUACCCCGUCGUCGGUGUCUGUGUCAGCAGCGGCUACGGUCGCGGGUGUGAAGAAGGAGGAAGCGUAUAAAGGCAUUCUCGACGUCAUCAGACGAACAUGGCGAGCAGAGGGCAUAGCGGGCUUCUAUAAGGGCUUGGCACCGAAUGUUGUUAGGGUUACGCCGGCGACUUGUGUUACGUUUGUGGUGUAUGAGACGUGUGUGGAGUUUUUACGGGGGGGUGGGGAUUGA